AUGCGCGCGACAACCAUUCUAUCGGCGCUCUUCGCAACGACGCUCGCCGCCGCCGAGACCCGCCUCGCAAAGGUCUACAUCGAGCCAGUCUCCCUCACAACUCAGAAGCCAGCCCUCCUCGCCGAGAUCGAGUACGAUACCAAGCGUCCGGCGGAGGCAAGCAUAACCUCUUUCGAGGCCCCCGAGAUCGCCGACUACCCCGCAGGUGCAAAGCUCGUCCGCGUCGGCGUCUAUGACUCCGCCACGGCGCAGUGGACCUCGGGCGUGUCGGUCGCCUCGACGGAGAAUUUUGCAAAGGGCUACCAGCCCAAUAUCAUCCUGAGCGUCGACGGCGCCUCGGGCGAGGUCGUGGGUGCCGGGGUCAAGGGCGUGCGUGUCGACGCGGGCGCGACGAGGGAUUUCGGGCCGCAGGCUGUUGUCAAGGUUGCCGCGCCGGGCAAGACGCCUGAAUUGAACAAGCCUGUUGUGCUUAGUCCCGAGGGACGCAAGGUCGUGCAGGAGGAGAAGCCGUUUUGGCAAAAGUACUGGUGGCUGAUUGCGAUUGUCGUUCUGAUGAUUGUCACCGGCGGAGGAGAUGGAAAAUAG